CCCCGGCCCGCCGGGGGGCACCGCCGCGGCGGAGGGGGCGGGCGGCCAGCAGGAGCGACAGCUGGGGGGGCGGCCCUGACCUUCUGCGCGAUCGAUGGGGCGCGGCCGGGGCUGCGCAGAGCCGGGGUGGUGCUGAGCGCCCCCCGCCCGCCCGCCUCGGGGUGCCACUAUAAAGGGGCCUCGGGGCUCGGGCCUCGGCAGCAGCAAUCGGCACCCCGCGCCCACCAUGGUCCCCCAGGCCCUACUGCUGCUGCUGCUGCUCAGUGGCUCCGCCGCGCGCCCCGCGCCACCCAGGGCCCGGCGACACUCGGACGGGACGUUCACGAGCGAGCUCAGCCGCCUGCGGGAGAGAGCGCGGCUGCAGCGCCUGCUCCAGGGCCUCGUGGGGAAGCGCAGCGAGCAGGACCCAGACAACAGCACCACCUGGACGACGACAACGGAGGGCCACCUCUGCCUGCCCCAGCGGGACUCGCCCACCCUGCAGGCCUGGAUGCCCCCCAGGGCCCCCCUGGAUCAGGCCUGGUCUCCCCAGCUGCCUGUCGGCUGGAGGCCUGGGGCCAUGGUUUCAGAGCCAGCCAUCCCUGCUGCUGAGAGGACCCAGAUGAGGCCCUGA